GAGGCGGGUCUCCCGCAACUGGAUAAAAAGCUCGUGGAGCCGGAGCCGGAAAGAUCCGAGCUGGGCAGGCAGGAGAGCGGCACCGCUGAGCGCACCUCCACGGCUGAGCAGCACCAACUUCCGCAGGCUCGGGCAUCCGACUCCGUGUCGCACUCGUCGCCGGGAGCGGGAGAAGCCACAGCCAUGUCCGCCGCGAGGGAGCUGGCCAUAGGCAUCGACCUGGGCACCACGUACUCGUGCGUGGGGGUGUUCCAGCACGGCCGGGUGGAGAUCCUCGCCAACGACCAGGGCAACCGCACCACCCCCAGCUACGUGGCCUUCACAGACACCGAGCGGCUGGUGGGCGACGCGGCCAAGAGCCAGGCGGCCCUGAACCCGCACAACACCGUGUUCGACGUCAAGCGACUGAUCGGGCGCAGGUUCGCUGACCCCACUGUGCAGUCGGACGUGAAGCACUGGCCCUUCCAGGUGGUGAGCGAGGGCGGCAAGCCCAAGGUGCGCGUGUCCUACCGCGGGGAGGACAAGGCGUUCUACCCCGAGGAGAUCUCGUCCAUGGUGCUGAGCAAGAUGAAGGAGACGGCGGAGGCGUACCUGGGCCAGCCCGUGAAGCACGCUGUGAUCACGGUGCCCGCCUACUUCAACGACUCGCAGCGUCAGGCCACUAAGGAUGCGGGUGCCAUCGCGGGGCUCAACGUCCUGAGGAUCAUCAACGAGCCUACGGCAGCUGCCAUCGCCUACGGCCUGGACCGGCUGGGCGCCGGGGAGCGCAACGUGCUCAUUUUCGACCUGGGUGGGGGCACCUUCGACGUGUCGGUCCUCACCAUCGACGCUGGUGUCUUUGAGGUGAAGGCCACGGCUGGAGACACUCACCUGGGUGGAGAGGACUUCGACAACCGGCUGGUGAACCACUUCACGGAGGAGUUCCGGCGGAAGCACGGGAAGGAUUUGAGCAGGAACAAGCGGGCCCUGCGCAGGCUCCGCACGGCCUGCGAGCGCGCCAAGCGCACCCUGUCGUCCAGUACCCAGGCCACUCUGGAGAUGGAUUCCCUGUUUGAGGGUGUAGACUUCUACACUUCUAUCACUCGAGCCCGCUUUGAAGAACUGUGCUCGGACCUCUUCCGCAGCACCCUGGAGCCGGUGGAGAAGGCCUUGCGGGACGCCAAGCUGGACAAGGCCCAGAUCCAUGACAUUGUCUUGGUGGGUGGCUCUACCCGAAUCCCCAAGGUACAGAAGCUUCUGCAGGACUUCUUCAAUGGCAGGGAGCUGAACAAGAGCAUCAACCCGGAUGAAGCUGUGGCUUAUGGGGCUGCCGUGCAGGCAGCAGUGUUGAUGGGGGACACGUGUGAGAAGGUGCAGGAUCUCCUGCUGCUGGAUGUGGCUCCCCUGUCUCUGGGGCUAGAGACAGCUGGUGGGGUGAUGACUACACUGAUCCAGAGGAAUGCCACUAUCCCAACCAAGCAGACCCAGACUUUCACCACCUAUUCAGACAACCAGCCUGGGGUCCUGAUUCAGGUGUAUGAGGGUGAGAGGGCCAUGACCAGGGACAACAACCUGCUGGGGCGCUUUGAGCUCCGUGGCAUCCCUCCUGCCCCACGAGGAGUCCCCCAGGUCGAGGUGACCUUCGACAUCGACGCCAAUGGCAUCCUGAGUGUGACAGCCACUGACAGAAGCACAGGCAAAGCUAACAAGAUCACCAUCACCAAUGACAAGGGCCGGCUGAGCAAGGAGGAGGUGGAGAGGAUGGUUCGUGAGGCUGAGCAGUACAAGGCUGAGGAUGAGGCGCAGAAAGACAGGGUGGCUGCCAAAAAUGCUCUGGAGGCCUAUGUCUUCCAGGUGAAGAGCUCCUUGCAAGAGGAGAGACUUAGAGAUAAGAUUCCUGAAGAGGACAGGCGCAAAGUACAAGGCAAGUGUCAGGAUGUCCUUGCUUGGCUGGAGCACAACCAGUUGGCGGAGAAAGAGGAAUAUGAACAUCAGAAGAGGGAGCUGGAGCAGAUCUGUUGCCCCAUCUUCUCCAGGCUCUAUGGGGGGCCUGGUGUCCCUAUGGGCAACAGUUGUGGAGCUCAAGCCCGACGUGGAGCCCCCAGUACUGGCCCUGUCAUUGAGGAGGUCGACUAAAUGUCCCCUCUGGAUGGGUCAGCUGAGACUGUAAGGGCUGGGUUUGUGGACUUUCUAGACUGUCUACUGUGAUCCUGCCUAACUUCAGGGGUGGGAGUAGAGGAGAAUCUUACCCCUAACAGAGAAUUUUUGUCAGCAUGUUUUAUUACUGAGGUAUUUGUCAUUUGACUUAUAAAAAAUCUUCUCCUACAUCAAACAAGCAGAAGUAAUCAUUAUGAACAUUAGUGUGGCACUUUAAUAUUGCUUUUACCUACAUUUAAUGUAUUUUGUUACUUGCAUGUGUGGAUUUGUUAUAUGAAAUAAUAAAGCUAAAUAAACUUAAAA